AUGCAAUUUUUGCAGGUGGUCGGAAGGAAGUUUUUUUCAAAAGCCGGAAAUUCUGUGGUAACUGAAGUAAUAUAAAAUUAUAGCGCAAACCAAUUAUUAUUACAACACUGCUUGAGCAGUCUUUUCGGAUAGAAAACGUACUUCAAAAUUUCGGUUUACAUUUCACAAGUAAGCACACCUACUGUAAGCAGUCGUGUAGGUUUUGCGAGCAAAUCCUUCAAAAACCGACAUUCUGAUGUGUGAUGGAUCCUGCUAUUAUGUCGCGCGACAUUUAUUCUUAUGAUCCUACUUAAAUAAUCUUUUCUUAUCAAAUAUACGUUUCGGGAUUUCGGUUAACGUUAGUGAGAGAGCACAUCCACUGUACCAACAUCAUCUGUUCUUUAGAGUGGGUUAAAAUACAUUUUGGCGUAGUUUUUAAAGCCCACUACCACACAUUUUCAGGCCCCCAUCAAUAACCCCAAACUUGUGCUGCUACGCACAAGUCAGUCAAUCUGCCCUCUCACCGGAAAUCGGAGUCGCGCACGGUACGACCUAAUCAUCAUUGUCAAGAGUUCACCAGACAAUGCAGAACGCCGGUCUCAACUGCGACAGCUGAUCAGCCGUCAAGCGGCCACGCUGGCCAGUCCUGUCGGGCUCCUCUUCAGCCUAGGCGUCCCGGCCGACACCGUCAACCAAUCACGACUCCUGGAGGCCAUCAACGAUGAGGCCGCCCGUUUUGAUGACAUCAUCCUGACCGACUUCAUGGACACCUACUAUAAUCUGACUCUGAAGACUCUGGCGAACCUGCGAUAUGCUCAUGUGGCCUGUCAGGGUGACGCUCCGCUGGUCGCCUUCAUGGAUGAUGACCAUGGCCUCAAUGUGUCAGCUUUGCUCCCCUAUUUUCGCGCCUUCGAUGAGCGACAGCUGCGGCAAUCUGUCUUCGGCCACAUACACGGCACGCCAAAGGUCAUUCGCAGUCCAGAGCACAAGUGGGCCCUUACGCGAGGCGAUAUGCCCUUCUAUAUGUAUCCGGACUACGCCGCUGGUCCAUGCUACUUUAUCGGCGCGGAGGCCGUGGAAGCAAUUUCGAUAGCCGCAGCCUUCACCAAGCCGUUCUCCAUGGAGGACGCAUAUGUGGGCAUGACAGCGACGAAGCUGGGCAUCCACAUGCACCAGUUGCCAGGUGUAUACCUUCAUGGACCUAGAGAAGGAUUACCAUCACAACAGACGCCACUAGUAGCCUUGUUGAAAUACUUCGAGCAGCAUACCUCUUAG